UUUCUCUAAUAAUUACUAAAACUUUGAUUAAGUGUAAUACCUUUACUGUGUUAUAACUUUCAUAUCUGUGCCCCAGAGAAAGUCCAAGAUCUCAGCCUCAAGAAAGGUUAUGCUAAAGAGUUUGAUGGUGGCCAAAGCCAAGGAGGAGCUGGAGCAGGAGGUGUUGGAUAAAGAGGAAGAGAAGCAGAGGUAUCUGACGGAGAAAGCUUCUCCUCUGCAGACGCAGGGCAUGUCAUUCGCUGAGCUUCAGGAACUCUGUCAAGAGCUUCAUGGUAAGAUUGAUGUGGUGGAUGAGGAGCGCUAUGAUAUUGAAGCCAAAGUCUUACUGAAUAAGCGUGAGAUCAAAGACCUGAAUAUUAAGGUUCUGGACCUGAGGGGCAAGUUCAAGCGGCCCACCCUGAGGAGGGUGAGGGUUUCUGCAGAUGCCAUCCUCCGAUCUCUCCUAGGCUCAAAGCACAAAGUCUCAAUGGACCUACGAGCCAACCUCAAAUCUGUGAAAAAAGAGGAUACUGAGAAGAAGAGGCCAGUUGAGGACAGUGACUGGAGGAAGAACGUCGAGGCCAUGUCUGGUAUGGAGGGAAGAAAGAAGAUGUUUGAUGCAGCAAAAGGCCCCACCCAGUGAAACCUUAGUGAAGUUAACAUGAAAGAUCAUGCAACUUUUGUUUGGCGAAUAAAAGGUUAGGUUUAGAGUUGCAAACUAAACAUAUCAUUUAUGUACUAGAUAUACUUGAAUAGGUGUCGUUCAACAGUGCAUUGAACUGCUCUGCAUUGGUGCAAAUGAUUGUGCAACUUUCAUGUGGCCAAUAAGUAAAUAAUUACUUCCUUAGUUGAUCUUUUAUUAUGUCAAUAUUCAGUUAUGAGAAAGAGUCAAUGUAAGGUGUACCAAUGUAUUACGAGAAUAAACAAAGUGAAACAUG